AUACCAAAAGUUCGAGACGUUUUCAAGGCAAAGGUGGGUGUGCUACGAGAAUAAAAACCUGCGUUCACGGACACAUUCGGAGUUUAUAACGUUUUUCUUUCCGAUGUGGGGGACGUGAUUUUGCUGCCCGCUGUUUUGGCUUUGCCACUUGCUACAAAUGGCCUGCUGUGAAAGCAAUAAGGGGAGUUUGGAGGAGGACAGCUAUGAUGGACCUGUCGGUGGAGCGCUGUCUGGCUGUGCUCUGGCAAUGCUGGAAAAAGAACAGGAGUCCAUUCUUAGCCCGUCAGAGAACCCUAGUGCCUUCAUGAGCAGCAGCAGCCUUCAGGCUGCCCCCCUGCAGGGCUACGAUGUGGAGUUUGAUCCACCGCUGGAGAGUAAAUACGAGUGCCCCAUUUGUCUCAUGGCUUUGAGGAACGCCAUUCAAACACGCUGUGGUCACCGCUUCUGCAAGAGCUGCAUUGAGAAAUCCAUCCGUGAUACGGGACAGAGGUGCCCAGUGGACAACGAAAUGUUGUCAGAAGACCAACUGUUCCCUGAUAACUUUGCCAAAAGGGAGAUUCUGUCGCUAACUGUGCGCUGUCCAAACUCGGGCUGUGCCGAGAAGAUGGAGCUCCGGCAUUUGGAGGAUCAUUUGGUGCAUUGUGAGUUUGCCACCGUGCCUUGUCCACAGUGCCAGCAGUCUGUGAAAAAGAGCCACCUAGAAGAGCACAUAACUGUUCAGUGCCAAAAAAGACCCAUGUCAUGUCCAGACUGUGUGGCAUGCUUUCUUUAUGAAGAGAGAGAGCUUCAUCAGCAACAGUGUCCCUUUGCCAGUGUGAAGUGUCAGUACUGUGAGCUGGAGCUCGUCAGAGACCAGAUGGAGUCUCACUGUGACACAGAUUGCCCAAAAGCACCUAUUGCCUGUAACUUUAGCAUCUUUGGAUGUAAGGAAAGGAUGCAGCGCCACAACCUGGCUCAGCACAUGCAGGAGUUCACACAGAUGCAUAUGCGCUACAUGGCUGAAUUUCUGCGUGGCCUUAGCCUCAAUGGUACCACACCCAAACCCCUGAGGACUUUAGGACCUUCACUUUCCUCUGAGGAUCAAGGAGCUGCAGCAUCAGUACCGGCCUGUAGUGGGUCCAGAGGGGCUGCAGCUCUGAGCUGCAAUAGCAGUUGUGCUCCAGGUCCGUCUAGUGAAGAGAUGCAGCAGAGGCUCCGUGAGAUGGAUGGACGAUUGGUGAAGCAGGAUCACCAGCUGCGUGAACUCAUCAUCUUAAAAGACACACAAGCAGGCCAGCUGGCAGAGCUCAGGCGUAGAGUGUCCAUGCUGGAGGAUACAGUGAAAGAGCUGGAGGCCCAACAUUGCAAUGGUAUCUUCAUCUGGCGCCUCAAAGGUUUUUCAGUCCACCUGCGGAACCAAGAAGCGGGCCAGCCAGUGGUUGAGCACAGCCCCGGCUUUUACACAGGCCGCCCAGGCUACAAGCUAUGCCUGCGCUUACACCUGCAGACCCCCAAUGCCCCUCGCUGCUCCAGCUACAUCUCCCUAUUUGUGCACACCAUGCAAGGAGCUUUUGAUGGGCAGCUUACCUGGCCAUUUCAAGGAACCAUCCGGCUCGCCAUCCUAGACCAGGGCCCUGAGGGUCAGCAUCACAUGGAGGCAAUGGAGACUAAACCAGAUCUACAGGCCUUCCAGAAGCCGACAAUUCAGCGCAAUCCCAAAGGAUUUGGCUAUGUCACCUUCAUGCACCUGUCUCAGCUGAGUCAGAGAGCUUAUGUUAAAGAUGACACUCUGCUCAUCCGCUGCGAGGUGACGCCACGUUUUGACAAUAUCCUUCAUCGUGAGGGACCAGCUGUACAGCCAAGAGGACCUGAGGCAUUUGCUUCAAGAGACUAAAGCCGCACUCCUUUGUGUGGGAUCUUCCACAAGCUGACAUUUAUGGUACCUCUACCAGUGCUUUAGUAAUUCAGUAAAGUUCAUUUUUAAUUGAUGUGAUCAAGUGGAAGAAAAAUUGACAUUAACAACUUUUUAAAAUAGCUAGUAUUUAUUUUUUUUUUCCAAGAUCUCAGUGUUUGUUGUAAUAGAUGUACAGCAGAAUUCAUUGAGAUCAUUAUGAGAGAUAUAUACUUUAAACCAUGCUGUUAAGACCAUGUGAACUGUAUCUAAUCAGCUCAGCACCACAGGCUCUCUUGCUAUUGUUGUAGAACACAGCAUGAGGACUUUCGGGUUUUUUUUGUUUGUUUUUUUUACUCUAGUGUCAUUUUUCAAUCAUUGUUUAAAGAGCAGAUGACUUUGGGGGGGUUUUUUUUGGUUUUUAUUUGGGUUUUUUUCCCUUGUCAUCUACAAGUGUGUACAGGGUGUGUGGAUAAUGUAUUGCAUAUUCUUGACAGCAGAGGAUGAAAAUGACAAUUGAGCAUUGUAUAAAAACCUAAGUGGACAGACUUAAA